AUGAUAGUUCUAAACCCCCUGUUAGCGAAGGUGCUGGGCUCUCAGCGUGUUAGAGCUUUCACAUGUGGAUUCAAAUUGAAUACUGAUGAAAGUCCUUCUACCACAACCAAGUCUGGAAUUCGAAGCAUCCCUACAAUCAUGAUCUUCAAAAAUGGGGAGAAGAAAGAUGCAAUUAUUGGUUCUGUGCCCAAAACCACACUAAUUUCCAAUAUGAAGAAAUUCUUAUAGAGGAGGGUAACAUAAAUCCUUUGAAAGGAUUAAACUUUUUUUUGUUCUCAAGUUGUUUUCUUUUUGUGAAUUCCGAAUAACAGUUAUCUCCUAGUCGUG